GUGGCUGGUGCUAGAGACCGCAGGCUCGCCGAGGAGAGUGGCUGCUUGGCGGCGAGCCGUGGGUGCGGGACCAACUACGGUCCCGUGGCUCUCGGGCGCUGCGGCGGGAGCGACUGGGCUGCGCGGCAUGGCUGGGGCUGAGAGACGCUGGCUCGGCCCUAAGUUCCCCCAGCUAUUAAGUGUAGCGCCACCCAUAGGGCGGCCUUGAGGAGGCCGCGCCGUAGUGGGGACUGUCGGGACAGUUCUCGGCUUUUGGCUGGACUGGGGUCUCCAAGGCUCCGUGUCCCAGAGUCGGUGGCGGCCGGGCAGCGGGACCCCCAUUUCGCAGAGUGCUUGGUGGGCAUACUGACGAAGGGGAGCGCCAUCCCCCAGGAUGAUCCGCGGGAGGCGUGACGAAGGAGAACUCCAUCUCCUAGACUGCCGUGUGUGUGGCUACUCCCUCUCCCCGAGUGCCCCGCGAGCGGCCUGACCGAGGAAACGCCUAGGACUGCACCGGGGACGGCAUGAAGUGUGGGGAGGGACUCCAUCUCCCAGAAUGCCCCGCGGGAGGCGUGAAGGUGGCGGGGAGGGGGUUAAAUCUUCCCCGGCGCCCCUCCGGCCGCCUCGUGGGGUUGAGGGGAAAACUCCAACUCCCAGAACGCUCCGCGGCCAGCAUGACGUGGUAGGGGCGCCCUGUGGGCGGUAUGACGGAGUUGACUCAUUUCCCAGAAUGUAUCAGGGGGCGGCAUGACGUGAGGGAGGGACUCCAUCUCCCAGAGUGCCCCGCGGCGGCCGGGCGGCGGCGGUGGCGGUGGCUGCAACCGACCCGCCUGGGACUGGACGCUGCAGUCUCUCGCCCGCACCAGGGUGGAAGGUCUCGCUGGGCGGUUUCCGGCGACGGCGCGAUGGAUAGCCCCGAGGUGACCUUCACGCUGGCCUACCUGGUCUUCGCCGUGUGUUUCGUGUUCACACCUAAUGAGUUCCACUCGGCUGGGCUUACCGUGCAGAACCUGCUGUCAGGCUGGCUGGGCAGCGAGGACGCCGCCUUCGUGCCCUUCCACCUGCGUCGCACGGCCGCCACACUGCUGUGCCACUCGCUGCUGCCGCUUGGCUAUUAUGUGGGCAUGUGCUUUGCUGCCUCAGAAAAGCGGCUCUAUUCCCCCAGCCAGGCCCCAGAGGCCUGGCGGCUCUUUCUCCUGAUGGCUGUGACCCUACCUUCCCUCGCCUGCACUCUGAUCUACUACUGGUCCUUCGACCAGUGGGCCCGCCACCCACUGGCCCGCACCCUGGCACUGUAUGCUCUCCCGCAGUCUGGCUGGCAGGCUGUGGCCUCUUCCAUCAAUACUGAGUUCCGGCGGAUUGACAAGUUUGCCACCGGGGUGCCAAGCGCCCGAGUGAUUGUGACAGACACAUGGGUGAUGAAGGUGACCACGUACUGUGUGCAUGUGGCCCAGCAGCAGGAUGUGCACCUGAUUGUGACAGAGUCGCGGCAGCAUGAGCUCUCUCCAGACUCCAACCUGCCGGUGCAGCUCCUUACCAUCCGCGUGGCCAGCGCCAGCCCCGGUGUGCAGGCCUUUGACAUCCGGCUAAACUCGGCGGAGUAUGGGGAACUGUGUGAGAAACUUCAAGCACCAAUUCGCAGCGCAGCCAAUGUGGUCAUCCGCCAGAGCCUGGGCGACCUGUUCCUGGAGACGUUCGCCUCCUUGGUGGAGGUCAACCCAGCCUACUCGGUGCCCAGCAGCCAGGAGCUGGAGGCUUGCAUUGGCUGCAUGCAGACGCGUGCAAGUGUGAAGCUGGUGAAGACCUGCCAGGAGGUGGCUGUGGGCGAGUGCCAGCAGUGCUACUGCCGCCCCAUGUGGUGUCUCACCUGCAUGGGCAAGUGGUUUGCCAGCCGUCAGGACCCGCAGCGUCCGGACACCUGGCUGGCCAGCCGUGUGCCCUGCCCCACCUGUCGUGCCCGCUUCUGCAUCCUGGAUGUGUGCAUUGUGCGCUGAGCAGCUGGCUGGGGCCUCAGAGCCUGCUCGAGGCCCCACUGGCCCUGGGGGCAUGGCAGAGCAGCCAGGCCUCCACUGCCAAGGGCUCUAUUCAAAGCACACUCAACCUGCAGGGGGCUGCCUUUGCCUUUGUUGUUUUGUUUAAAAAGAAAUUCUUGUGGAAACACUGCCCCCCAGUGGUAGUGGGAAGGGUCUUCACACCUUCUCUUCCCUUCCUCCUUCACCUGUCUCCAGGUAGGGGCAAAUACUGGACACAGAGAAUGAGGCGUUGGGCCCCAUCCCCAGAGCUGUCCUUUGGGAGACCCUGGGAUCUGCUCCUCACCUGGGCCACUUGCCUUAAAUUUUUGCAGCACACCCGUCUCUCGGUCAGAUUCAGAUUCACCCGGGUAGCUGUGGUCUGUUUUCCCAUUGCUUCCUGGAACUGGCCGUGUGCUGUAGGCCCCUCCCCAACUACAGAGGCUGCUUGGAGUCCCUAGUCAGAGCCUGACGGUGAGGGUGGAGAAUAGUGCACUCUGCAGCAUGGGAAUACUCCUGGCCUUUCUGGCGGGAGGUGAUGGAAGGGCAGGUCAGGGCGGCCCCCACUCAUGGGGCCACCUGCCUCUGGAGGGGCAUCUGCCUUAUACCUGGUGCCUUCUGCUGCCCUCACAAGUCUAAGGAAGGCUGAGGCCUCAGACUCCUGGUGGGGAAUGGGGACCAGAAAACUCUCCUUCCCAGGAAUGCACACUGGGGUGGCCACUGCUGCAGGCUCUGCCUGGUUCAGAAGGGGAUGCCCCCUAUGGUCAAGGCUUUGAUGGGUGUGGGUUGGGGGGUGGGCAGGGAAGAUGCUGACCAGGCCCUGGGCACAGCUGUGACACAGGUGAAGGAUGACUUUCACCUGUAGUCCUGAACCCCUAAGCUUAGCUGUUUCAAGUAAGGGUGACAGCUUCAGCUGGACUGACUUGCCCAAGGCUGCACCUGGCCCUAGGAUUUGGGAGCAGAGAAAACUCAGCUUCAUAGGGUUCUUUGCGCUGCUCAGGGGCAGUGGCCAGGAGUCACUCAGUCUCAGUCCAGAGUUUCAAGGGCCAAGGAGGGGUCGGAUGUUUAGGGGUUAUUUUUACUACAAGAGAAGUUACUUAGUUUUAUAGAGACAAAUCUAUUGUAGUUAAAUGACACAGUACUUAAUAAAAAUGUUAGUCUGAAGUGA